UCCAGGUCCCAGCCAACCUGCCUACCUAACUACCUUACUUACACUUACUUCCCUUCCCUCCCGUCUCCCGCCCGAACUUCCUCACCGACACACCACAACUCUCCCACACAUUAUUGCUUCACCCGCAUUCCUCCCUCCCAUUGCAGAAAACAAGACGACCCUGUGAUUCAAUAUUGAAACACUUAUCACUCUAAUAUCCUCGCCCUUAAGACCCCUUCGUCUGCCCCCUACAGUCCACCGGCGCAUUCCAAGCCUCCUCGCUUUCUAUCCCGUCGCAUACUCGCGCACAGUCGCAAAAGUCUUCCCGUCGCAUACCAAUCCACCAAACCAACUCGUCAUCGCAUCGCGCGACACUCAAUAGCCCACGACCGCAUACCGAUCAAAUCCCUCAAGAUGCUUAUGCCAUCCGCCUUCUCAUGCGACACGUCGCAGCCGCCUCUUACCCGACUUCAGGCGUCUCUCUUCGCAUCGCCUCCCUCGAGCCCUCCCACCCUGUCAACCACCAGCGGCUUCGGCCACAUCUUGGACAGCUGCCGCUCACUCCAAGCCCUUCUUUCAUCGCCUCAGCAUCAGAACAUCCCCAGCGCCGCUCUCUCGUAUGACGCGCCGCAACAAUACCUCCCCACGCCAUCCCAACUUCCCACGCCGCCCCUCGCCCACGCCCCGGCUCCUCACAAACUGCGCCUGCGCUCGCGCGCAAAGCAGGAUGGCGCCAUCAACAACGAGCACCUCCCGCGGAAGCGCAUCGCAAAGCGUGCGCCGCCACGCGGCCUGAACAAGCGCCGGCGCGCCGCUGAUGAAGAGAUGGGUCGCGAAGAUGGUCUUCUUACAGAUGAGGAUGUCGAGAGCGACCUCGACAUCUCAUCCCAGCGUCAGUCUUUCGAAGCCAACAACGACACCCUCAUCCCGUCCAACCCCUCCACCCCCAAACGCGCGCGCAUCGCACCAGAGGUGAUCCCUCUGGGUCUCGAGCGCUCCGACUAUCACACACUACACCUCCUCAACGGCGACGGUGUGAACAUGAACCACGGCAGCAUGGAGGCUGCAGGCACGCAAGACUCAAACGUGGAGGUCGAGGCCGAUGGGGAACGGUGGAGCGCCGAGGAUGAUAGGAUACUCGUUGAGCUGGUGCUGGAGAAGCUGAAGCUCUCCAAGACGGAGUGGCAAGAUUGCGCGCGCAGUUUGGGCAAAGACCGGAACUGCCUAUCACGGCGAUGGAAGAGCCUCAUGGUCCAGGGCGACGUUGGCCUCAAGGGACCUCGAAGGAGUAGCCGCAGGGCCAACCUUCACGGUACCUGGCGGUAGUUGACUCUGACUUUGGCGUCAUCGUCGACAGUCUGGGAAUUUACCUUUUCAUUUGUCUUGGAGUUUGAACGUGGCGUUUUACAAGUAUCGAACGGUCAGAGCCCGGAACGGCUUUUGUGGGACAUUUUAGGAGCGGUUGUUCAGCGCCUCAUCUCGCGCUUAGUUGAUCUCGAGCUUGGAACUAGCUUUUGAGUUGGGACAUGUUGUUUCUUUGUUUUCUCUUCUCACGCGUGCUGCGUCACUCGAGAGCAAGCAUAUUUUAUCUACCAGAAUAGGCCAUCGGAAUCUCAUUGAGCGAGAUAACCUGUCGUCUUAUGCGCCUUACUACAGAGAGGCCAAAAUACAAGAAACUUGGACAUUCAAAACUCCUGCACGCUUCGCAUUCUUG